CAGAUCCUCCUCCUUCAAACACAUACAUAGAUCCUCAUCCUCCUAUAUACCCAUCGAUCACACAAGGCACGAGUGCGUACGUACACGAACGUAUACCGGUGAGAGAUCGGAAGGCUAAUUGGUGAUGGGGCGCCACAGCAGCAGCGGCAAGCCCGAGGCCGGCGGCGAGCAGUACCGCGAGGAGGAGAAACAUCACAAGCACAUGGAGAAGUUGGCCAAGCUCGGCGCCGUCGCAGCCGGAGCAUACGCUAGGCACGAGAAGCACGAGGCGAGGAAGGACCCGGAGCACGCAAGGUCGCACAAGAUCAAGGAGAAGAUCGCCGCCACGGUCGCCGCCGGCAGCGCCGGCUUGGCGAUCCAUGAGCACCACAAAAAGAAAGAGGCCAAGAAGCACGCCCGCCAUGGCCACCACCACUGAUACACAUACACUCAUGGAUGCAAAUGCACACGUAGACCCUUGCUAGCUAUCUUAUAUGUACGGCCGGUUACAUUCAUU